CAGAAUUUCUUCAGUUUCCCUCCUCUUCUUAAACCCCUCCGGUCACCUUCUUCCUCCACGACCCACUGGAUUACCCCAACCAUCCCUUCUUUCUUCCCUUCCAAUCUUCCUCACACGAAGCCCUAAUCUCCAUCACCUCUCUUCCUGCGCCAUUUUCUUCAACCUCCAAGCAAAGAAACCAAACCCAUGGGCACGCUUAUAGGACAUGUGGCCCCUGGCUUCGGGUUCCUCCUGAUAGGUCUCUGGCACCUCUACAAUCACACCAAGCUCUACUCCCUCCACCCCAGAAGCUACCGCUUCUUCCCCUGGUUCCCAGCCGCCAAACUCCGCCACCUCGAGCUUUUCCUCAUCGCCGCCGGCAGCUGCGCUUCCAUUGCCAUGGAACUCUUCAUAGGCCCGCAACGACACCAACCCCUCGAUCCAGAUCUCACAAUCCCCUCUAACCACCUCCACAACUUCGAACACGCCUCCAUCUCCCUCACUUUCCUCCUCUACGCUGCAUUUGCCUUUACCUUCGACCGGACCCGACCCGCCCGACCCGCCGCCGAACCUCUAACAAUCCUCGCCGCCUCCGCCGCCUUCGCACAGCAACUCUUCCUCUUCCAUCUCCACUCCUCCGAUCACAUGGGGGUUGAGGGACAGUACCAUUGGCUUCUCCAGCUCGUCAUCGCCGUCUCCCUUAUAACAACCCUGAUGGGAAUCGGAUACCCUAGAAGUUUCUCCGUCGGAUUCGUGCGAUCCGUGAGCAUUGGAUUCCAAGGGAUUUGGUUCAUUGUAAUGGGCUACGCUCUGUGGACGCCGGCGCUGAUCCCUAAGGGAUGUUUUAUGAACGAAGAGGACGGCCAUUACGUGGUUCGAUGCAGCAGCGAUGAAGCUCUACACAGAGCCAAGUCACUGGCGAACAUUGAGUUCAGCUGGAGCUUAGCGGCCGUGGUAAGCUUAUCUCUGCUUUUCUACCUUUUAUUGAGUAGCAGGUAUGUGGAGAAGAUGGAGUACAGUUCGAUUGCUAAGUCUACAGGGGAGAUGGAGACGGAGGAGAUGGAUUUAGAGGAGGAGAGGAGUAGCUUUUUGAGCUUGGGGAAGGCGAUGAGAAACGUAGACCUGGAGAGGUGAGAGAUUAAAGGUUGGAUUUAGGGGAAUUAAGCAAGUUAAUUACUAUGAUUUGCUGGUAUUGAAUGUAAAUAGAAAAGGGAGUGUUGGUGUAACAAAUUUUAUU